AUGCACGAGCCCAAGGUUGUUCUAGUCACCGGUUGUGCCAAAGGUGGCAUUGGAUAUGAGUAUUGCCGGGCGUUUAAUGAGCAGGGUUGCCGUGUCAUUGCCUCCGACAUCCCUCAACGCAAGGAUGACAUGGUAGAUUACGAUUCCGAUAAAAUCGAAACAAUAGAGCUCGAUGUUUCAUCGGAUGAGAGCGUGUCGUCAGCUGUGGAUGGUGUUAUAUCCAAGUAUGGCCGCAUUGAUUUACUCAUAAAUAACGCGGGAAUAGGAAGCACCGGACCGUUAGCCGAGCUUUCCCUAGAUGCAAUCCAGAGAGCUUGGGAAAUCAACACACUGGGGCAGCUGAGGAUGGUGCAACAAGUUGUGCCUCACAUGGCAUCAAGGCGUCAGGGAAUUAUAGUAAACGUAGGGAGCGUCGUCGGGAAGGUGCCGACACCAUGGGCGGGGUCAUACUGUUCUAGCAAGGCUGCUGUCCAUGCCAUGACCAACACCUUGCGUGUUGAAUUAAGGCCCUUUGGCAUUGAUGUAGUCCUCGUGGUGCCCGGUGCAAUAAGAUCGAAUUUCGGAAACUCUAGCCUCGAGAAUCUCAGAAACAAUGACUGGAAACUUUAUAAGGAAUUCAAGGAUUCCAUUGCUGAGAGAGCCAGGGCGUCGCAAGGUUCGAAGGCAACGGAUGCGACGAUGUUUGCUAGACAUGUAGUGAAGAAGGUUUUGAGUCGUAAGCCACCAAAGCAGAUAGUAUUCGGCCACAUGACUGGCUUGUUCACUGUGCUUUCGUGUUCGCCACUUUGGGUUAGAGAUAUGUUUUUCAAUAACCGUUUCAACCUAAAUAAGAUCAAGUAA